AUGAGUCUCUUAAACCAUAAUGGUUUUAAUCCAACACGAAUGUGAUUGGAUUUUGAAGUUGAAAAGCUCUGACCCUUUUGACAUCACAUUAAGUUUCAGCUAUAGCCAAGUCUUCAAGAUUGGAGAGGAGUUCAAAACAAAUAAACUGGCAAUUACAAGAGCUAGAAUGGGCACAAUUGCAAAAGCUUGCCUGAAGUCACUCCUUAAAGUGGUGAAUUCAACUCUGGGGUUUGUUGGAAUUGCUAUGAUCCUAUAUGGUCUUUGGAUGAUGAGAGUUUGGCAAAGGGACAUGGAGGACUUUUCCUUUGAUGAUGUUAUAUCUACUACUCCAUGGUUUAUAUAUACUUUUCUUGGUGCUGGAGUAACCUUGUGCCUAAUAACAUGUUUGGGCCAUCUAGCUGCAACUGUUGCCAAUGGUUGUUGCCUCUCUUGUUAUAUGAUGAUUUUGUCACUUCUUCUAUUAGAGACUGCAAUUGUAGCAGAUAUACUCUUAAAUUCUGACUGGGAAAAGGAUCUACCAAACGAUCCUACAGGGAGAUUUAACGACUUCAAAGAUUUUGUAAAGUUAAACUAUGAGAUCCUUCAAUGGAUUGGCUUAAUAAUCGUCUUAACACAGGGACUUUCAAUCUUAUUGGCCUUGAUUCUAAGGUCUAUAGGGCAGAACAAGGUCUACGACAGUGACGAUGAAAACUCACCGGCAAGGCUUCCGCUCAUAAAGGAUGUAGACCAACCGGCACCAUAUUUUGUUGACGGCGAACAAUGCGGAUUUGCCUCCAAGAACAUCAACUCCUAGAAUACAAAUAAGUGAAGAGCAGCAUUUCAAGCUUUUCACAGAAAAGGAACAAAAAUGGCAUGUGGGAGAGAAAAUGAUCCAUGUGUUUUGUAAAUGGAACAAUAUUUCCAUAUUCUUGUUUAUCUGAUUUUAUAGUACUUUACUUAUUUGUGAACAUGGUUACUCAAAAGUGAGAAGAAAAAGUUCAAACAGUUAAGCUAA